AUGGCGUCUUUGAAGGUGUUUGGUGUUAAUGGCACUGGAGAAGGUGAAUUUCGUUACCCAAAUGGCAUAGCAGUCAGUAACAAAGGUGAAAUAGCCGUUAUAGAUACGUGUAAUCACCGUGUUCAAUUAUUCGAGUCAGAUGGCGUGUUUUUGAGGUCUUUUGGUACCCAAGGAGUAACCGACGGUUGCAUGAAUUUCCCAUACUGUGGUACCUUCGAUAGUGAUGGAAAUAUCAUCGUAACUGACUCGGACAAUCACAGAGUGCAAGUGUUCUCAUCAGCCGGCGAACUAAUACGGGUUAUCGCUAGCGAAAACCUCAGAAAUCCCUGGGGUGUUUGUAUGGCAGGCGAUGGCAAUAUCGCGGUUUGUAGUGGCGGCGAAAAAGGAGAAGUCCAAGUAUACUCGCCCGAGGGCACACUACUAAAGCAGUUUAGCGAUCCGAAAACGAAUAACCGACCAUCCUAUGUCACCUACAGUCACGAAAAGUACUUUGUGUCUUACAGCGACGAUCAGUGUGUGAAAGUGUUCGACGGUCAAGGAAGUUUCCUGUCAGACAUCGGCGAAUCUGGGUUUUGCGACGGGCAGUUCAACAGGCCGCGUGGACUCGCAGUCGAUCAACACGAUCAGUUGUUGGUAUGUGACGGAUGGAAUAAUCGGAUACAAGUUUUCAGUCUGGAGGGGAAGUUUUUAACGAAGUUUGGAAGUCGCGGCAAAGAACCUGGACAGUGCAUUUUCCCUAUCGACCUAUCGAUCACUCCAGAUGGACAAAUUUUAGUCUGUGAAGUCAAAGGAGAGCGUGUUCAAGUUUUUCAAGGGUUAGAUAACCACCAAUGUAAAGGCCAAUAA